UUUAUAUUUUUCAGGUGAUAUAUAUUUUUCUGGUGAUAACAUACCAUUAUGCAAAUUUUCCUACAACGUACCAAAAAAUUCAUUAUUUAUGCAUAAUAUACUGAAUAAAUUUGAUUGAAUUCGCACAAGUUCAUCUCCUAACUAAUAGGAACGCAUUAGUCCAAGUGCUCACUAUUCAAGAAAAAACACUGGUCUUGGUGCUCUUGAUAUACUGAGGGAACUUCAGCCGCUCUCGCAUGGGAUGACUUCAACGGAAGAUUCGAGCCUCGCCGCCGAAAAGCAACGAAUUGUACAGCCUGAGGCCAAGUCAUACAGCAACGGUGUUAAUCAUGGCGCGACACUGGGCUCGCUCAUGGCCCCCAACAAGACCGACAGCUCUGAUGCUCUGCACUCGACCUCCCCGUCACCGAGCACCGCCUGGGACACCUUCAGCGCCCACGUUAACUACGUCAACGCAGUUAUCGGCAGCGGCAUCAUCGCCAUGCCGUUCGCGCUACGCGAGGCAGGGUUGGUGCUGGGUGUGGUGGUGAUCGUGCUGGUGGCGGUGGUGACGGACAUAUCGCUGGUGUUGCUGAUGAGGGCAGGAAGGGCUGCUCGCACCAACACCUACCAGGACACUGCACUAGCAUUCCUGGGGACGCCUGGCUUCAUCGUGUGUGGUGGCCUGCAGUUCGCGGUGCCUUACUUGUCGAUGAUCAGCUACAACCUGGUGGCGGGUGACGCCCUCCCGAAGGUGUUGCAGAGGAUGGCAGAGCUGAACCCUCACAGCGUCUGGCUGAGCCGCGAGCUGCACAUAGCGAUGGUGACUCUGCUGGUGACACUACCCCUGUCAUGCGUGAGGAGCAUCAAGACGCUGGCACACUCGGCGCUGCUGUCAAUUGCCAUCCUGGCAGUGCUGGCCAUUUCGAUUGCCCUCAGAGUCCCGGUCAUGACGGAGCUAGAGUUUAUUAUUGCCUCGGGCCUGGGUCCAGCUCAGGCCAUCGUAACGUUCGGCUUUGGCAUCCAUCAAAUUUCGUUCUCGCUCUACCGAUCACUUGAUGAAAACGUUCAGCGAUGGAACGAGACGACACACGCGUCGCUGGCCGCGUCUGCUGGGCUGUGCAUCUUCAUCGCGAUCGCUGGCUACGUAACGUUUGGCAAAUUCACGCAAGGAGACCUACUUGAGAAUUACUGCUGGCGCGACGACCUCAUGAACGUGAUGCGAUGUCUCUUCGUCUUCACGGUGCUCUUCACAUUUCCCUCUGAGUGCUUCGCUGCCAGAGAGGUCAUCGAGACCUCAUUCUUCGGGAAAAGCCAGCCGGCGUCCACACUUCGUCAUUACGGGAUUUCCUUGGCUUUGGUGGUUUCGGCAAUGCUGCUGUCAUUCAGCACCAGAUGUCUCGCCUUCGUGCUGCAACUUACCGGUUUGUUCUUCAUGUGCCCUCUCGCGUUCAUGCUACCGAGUAUUUUGUUCAUCAAGUCGCAAGAGAACAAGACGUUCUCACGGCAGAACGUCUCCGCCCUCCUGGUGCUGACAUUCAGCAUAAUUGCUACCAUAGCAGGCAUCACUACCUUGAUCUCAGACUACGUCACACUCAGUACUUGCUCAGACGGUUUUCAGAUGGACUACUGCUUCACUGAAGUCAAUGGUACUAAAGUGCCUAUCAAAUUCACAUUCCUGGGCGUCGACUAUUGACCAGUAGGUUCAGCGGUGAACGCAGUUGUCAUGUCGGGGCUGAACCGUUUGCCCAUCGAGCUGCAAGUUCCUGACGCAAUUAAAUUUCGGUUAUCGAACCUAGGAAGCUGCUCAGUUGUUAUUUGUUCGUGGUCAUUUACCUGGGCUUUGCUUUUUUACAAUAAUGGAUUUGAAACAAAAGAGACACAAGACUCGGUAUCAUGAACAUUCCAAUGGCAGGCGGUGGCUCGUGAAAUAAUUCAACAAGAUCCAGCCGUUAACCGCGUUGGUGACAUACGAUGGUUGAUUACAAUUACCAUGGUACAUACAAUGUAAAAAGUCGUGUAUAUAUAAGCGGAUUGGGGGCCAGGUUAGUUGUGUGUUACUGCAGUAAAUUGUUCGACGAUAUCCUUUGGAAAAUUAUUUUAUUUUGCCUGAAUGUAUUAUGUUAGAAAAUGUUUCAGUAUUUAUUGCGCAGUUAGGAAGAACUUAAUCAGAAGAAUGCAUGCAGAUUGCUCGAGUCGAAAUUAUAUGAAUAUGACACUACUUGAUCUCUUGCAGAUAGUUGAGAACUUUUUAGAGAAAUAAUCCAUUUAUCUUAACUGAUAAUUUAGACUUCGAUUGAGAGAAGAAAAUGUAUCAUAAACUAUUUAUCAAAAUUCAUCAUUUGUCCCUUGCAGUUCUAUUCUACCUGCAAAACAGAGAAAUUGUUUAAAUGACACGAGAACGUUUCCCACCAUAUACCUAAGAUUUCUAAGAUUUGUACUUUACACAUUUGAAAUUUUCCUACAUUUUUUACGAGCGAGAACUUCUGCUUUAAAAUUUCUUAUCUUCGAACAUGGUGAAGGGUGAACUUUAACUAUACGGUAAUGCUUUUGUUAUUGAGAUUCACCUUAAUUGCCGAUUUCGUUUCUUAAUUAAAUCUCGUUGCCUAAUGUUAGUAUGACUAUCAAUUAACUAAAUGCCAAUUUCGGGCUAUAGAAUACGAAACAUUCCUUGAGUCAUUUUGCAUUCCGGUGAAAUUAAAAUGAGAUUUUUCUGAUUUCAAGACUUGUAAAAUUAUUUCAAGUAAUUCACAUUCAUUAUGUCACAUAAUUGCUAUUCCAAGCUAAGUGACUACGUAUUCUCGUAUUUAAAUACGCUUCCCAGUCUCCCAUAAUACUAAUAAUCAUUGAAUAAAUAACUCGGUGAAAACAUAGAAUAUAAAAUAAAAUGUCUUUAAAUUACUUGUU